UUUCGCACCUGUUGCCAAGUGACCUGUCUUUCAGCACUUAGGCAGUGCCUACAUAAGGUCACCGACGCACAUUUCUUCCGGAAUCUACCCGCACACGCUGUUGGUGUAAAGGACAGAUUUAGUUUAUAAUGAAUGAGCACUUGCAUAUCAAUCGGAGCCGGUAAAAAAAAUGGUUACUAGAAUCUGCGUCUUAAAUACGAUAUCCGGGACUUUAUAGAAGAAGAUAAAGAUCUCUGGAUCAUUUCCAGGUGGGUUAAGAAAGCGGAAACAUUGGGUCUAAUGGACCAGGUGUCCCUGCCAGGUGUGGGCAGUGACCUCACGGACGAGACGGCCUCCGUUGGGGAGAGUAGGUGCAGCUCCGAAAAUGAGAUAUCGGACACUCCGGGCCAGUGUCUGCCUGUCCCCCCGCCUCUGCCCACCCCCACCUACAGACACAGGGUGGAGGAGUUCAAGAGGCUGUUCAGGGAGCUGCCUGAGUCAGAGAGACUCAUUCUGGACUACUCCUGUGCUCUCCAGAGAGACAUCCUGCUACAGGGACGCCUGUACCUUUCAGAGAACUGGCUCUGUUUCUACAGCAAUGUGUUUUGGGGAACAAAGAUUGCUGUGUCUUUGAGGGAUAUCAAAACCAUGUGCAGAGAGAAGACUGCCAAGCUGAUCCCCAACGCCAUCCAGAUUUGCACUGAAUCAGAGAAGCUGUUCUUCACGUCCUUCUCAGCCAGAGAGAAGAGUUACCAGGGGGUGUUCCGGAUGUGGCAGAACACACUGAUGGACAAGCCGCUGACUAGUUCGGAGCUGUGGCAGAUGGUCAAGCAGCACUAUGGUAACGAUCUGGGCCUGAGCCUUGAAGAGAUGGACGGUCUACAGGGAUCACCUGAGUCAACCGCACAGACACAAACCAGCCUGACCAUGAGGCCUGGCGGAGAGGACUCUGGGAGGCCAGCGCGGCCGACUACCCUGCGCCUGCUACAGGUAGACCAGGGCUUUGACCUCAACAUGCCCCAAGUGGAGGACCUGCCGUCACCUCUGGGCCAGAGCACAUCUAAUUCCGGGAAUGCGGAUGAUGCUCGCAGCACCUCAUCCCAGCCGACUCCUGAUCUGUCUCUGAACCGUUCCGCUCCAGAGCGGGACUCCAAGCGCACUGAGCCCUCCUUGGACCUCAAUGAUAACAUGGACCAAUUCAAUGAACAGAGCGUCUCGGAGAGUGCAGAGGAGGAAGAGCGAGUGUGUGUGUCUCAGCAGGGCAGGCUGUACGUGAACAGGGUCUUCCACUUCAGUGCCGAAAAGAUGUUUGAGCUGCUGUUCACCGACUCUCACUUCAUACGGCGCUUCAUGAAGGCUAGGAAGAUAACCAAAGCCAGCUUUGACCCGUGGCGCGAGGAAGCGUCAGGCACCAUGAAGCGACGUCUCAACUACACAAUCACCAUCACCAACCCCCUGGUGGGCAAGUUCUCCACCGCCACCGAGAACCAGACCUUAUACAAGGACUCCAGGGAGGGCCAGCGGUACCUGGUGGAUGCUGAGGUCAUCACCCAUGACGUGCCUUACCACGACUACUUCUACACCCAGAACCGCUACUGCAUUGUCCGCCACUCGAAACGCAAGUGUCGUCUCAGGGUCUACACAGAUGUCAAGUAUAAGAAGCAGCCGUGGGGGCUGAUCAAGUCCUUCAUCACCAAGAACUCCUGGAGUGGCCUGGAGGACUACUUCAGACACCUGGAAUCGGAACUCGUCGAAGAGGAGCUGGAGCUGAACCAGGGAGGCGGGGAACCUGGCAAGAUGGGUGCGCUGCGUCAUCGACGGAGGAGGACGUUCAGCCGAACGCUACAGGACCACCAGCAAUACUCGCCCGACCUAGGAGCUCGCAGGGAGAGCGGCGCAGGCCCUUUAGAUAUAAAGGAUCCACACCCCUGGAACAUCUCCACCAUUGUAGCUGGGAUGAGUGUAAUUCUGUUUAUUCUGACGGUGCUGAACCUGGGACUGUUCUUCAAGCUGUGGGCCAUGGAGGACGUGGCGACCCGGCUAUACCUGACCGCCAAGCAUCGCCUCCGGGAGAGGCCCGAGAACAGUUUGGCCCCUGACUUUGGCCCCAAACUGGCCUUUCCACGAAGGACCAGUGAGGAGACUCUUCUGCUGAAAGCUGUUCUACAAGACUCCAUCAACCUACUGGAACAGCUCCGCAGUUCUUUGAUGGUGCUUAAGCAGAACUUUGCAACCAAUACAACUGCAACUCCACAGUGACAGUGUGACACCUGGUUGCCCUGGCUACCCCCUCAGAACCCGUGGGUCAUAAACACUACAGGCAAGAGCCUCUGAGGACUAACGCUCACAGCCCGGGGCAUUGUCAUAGCAACAGCCCAGGCACAGACGGCUUGUUAGUAAGGGAAACGACACUAUAACUCCCAGCGUGUGGUGCCAGGUGGAUAGAUGGGGUUUAAAGCUUUGACAGUGUGGUGCCAGGUGGAUAGAUGGGGUUUAAAGCUUUGACAGUGUGGUGCCAGGUGGAUAGAUGGGGUUUAAAGCUUUGACAGUGUGGUGCCAGGUGGAUAGAUGGGGUUUAAAGCUCAACUGUUGGUCCGGAGAGGCUGUUUGACAACCAUUACCAAUAAUGUUGGGUCCUUGUGGGAAUCUGUUUUCAGUUUGGUAGUACUUUGUUCAUUGAUGUUGGUCCUAAGGUUUACUGUGAUCACCUUCCGUCUUUGUGCCUUUUUAAUCCAGAUGAGCCAGUGGCCUGAUUACUGAAACACAGGAUCAUUUAAUAAGCUUUUUUUUUUUUUUUUAAAGCAAUCUGGAGACCAGUAACUGGCAUCCAUGGUGCUUGUGCUCUGGGAUUUGAUGAACACCUGAUAAUACUUUUACGAAUUGAAUGUGACGUCAUGCAAAUUGCACAAAACAUAGUAAAUGGGACACACAGAGGGUGAUAUGUUGAAUGACUACAUGAUAACCGACCUGUUUCGGGUAAUGAGCACCUCUUUUACAACUACUGGCUAAGAUGAAAUGUUUUGAUGGAAAUAUGUUCAAAUGAAUGGAAUUCAUGUAGGAUUUUUACUUCUUACACACGUGCCUUUUCUCUGUUUAUUUUAUAAAUUAGAAUAAUUUUAUUUUUUCAAUUAUGGAAUACUAUAUGAUGUCAUGUUUUAAUUUUUUUUUAUUUAAGUCUUAUAUAUUUGGAUGGCCAUGGGUUUAAUUAUGAACCAUGAUGCUGUUUCUUUGUUUUUGUUUUUUUUGACUGACAGACUUUCUUUUCAAUGUUUUUAGCCUUGGAUGAUUUGUGGUUUAGCAGUUGGUUUGUAAAUAUACAGCUGACCCCUAUCAGAUUUAAUGAAGGAUGCAAUAUGCUACCAUGAAUCCUCAUUCUACAUGACAGAAGUGCUUGUUCUACGUUGUAGAGUGUUUUGAGCGUUCUGCAGCGUUGUAACCCACUGAACUCGCCACAGGUGAAAUUUCUCAUGAGCGUAUUGGUAAAGUGAAAACAUAAAGAUAGUGAAACUGAUUGUCUUGUUCAUUUAGUUUUGAUAGUAUUGUUAGCUUUCUGUCCCAUGUAACGUAGGCUAAACUAGAGGGUUAAUGACUGUUCUAUAAUUCAUAUUUCUUCUAGGUGGUAAAUUACAGCCAUAAUACUGCUCUAAUGUUUGGCUUUGUUAUUGUUGAUGUCAAUUUGAAAUGACAUGCAGUAAUUAUGUGAAGCAGGUGCAUUUGUGUUUUGAGGUAAAUUGUCAUACUGUAUGUAAAAGCCAUCCUUAUUGUUUUAUAAUUGCACAGAUCUAUUGUAUUCCUGUUUUUGUUAGAUGUUUACAUCGCAACACUGUAUUUUUCUUCACACUAACCAUUUAUGAAGUUGGAUAUUUUGUAUAUUUUUUUAGACAAAGAUGUAAUAUAUUAUUGGUCUAAAUAAACUCUUCACUGCCAUGUUAUUCUUGU